AUGGUUACAAUUGACACCCUACCUGCGGAACUAAUCAACGAGGUCAUUGGCUACUUGCGACCGCACGAUCUGACGAAGCUGGCUCGAGUCUCCAAGAAGUACCGCAAGUUUGCUCAGCCCGCACUCUGGCGAAACAUUGAGUUACAUCGACAAGACGCUCAUCAUGACUGCUUCGGUCUCUCGAAUCAACCAAAAACUGCGCGGGCGUACCUAGAUGAUCAGCUUCGCGAUUCCUGGUCAUAUCGAGGAUUGACUGGAACCGACUUCGACUUUGACCGACGUAAUGCAAAAUUCGGAGCCGCUAUUCGGAAAUUGUAUAGGGCCGCCGGAAAAUCCCAGGCUUGGAGCAGGCUUGCUCCAUGUGUGCGGCAGUUGUGUCUUACGGUGACACACAAGAGCCCGCAGCACAUCUGGUCGAUGAUUCUUUCACUCCCGAAUCUCGACUCAGUCGAGGUUAUCGGAGAAUACUCUGCCGACAAUCAGGGCCCCCCAGCGGUUGCAGCGCUCCGGGAGCCUGCCGCGACUAAGAUUCGAAAUGUGCGUCUACGAGGAUAUAUUCCUAGAGGCUUCGUCUCUGCAAUGUGCAAAGCCUCAGUAUCCAGCAUCGUCAGCCUUGACACUGGCAUCCUUGAACCGCCUCAACUUUUUGAGGGUGACGCUGAGGAGAUGGAGUUUCAGAACAUGCAGGGAUUUCCGCUCUACGUUGGACCUCGAGGCGUUCUCUGGUACACCCAAGAGUCAUGGUCUCCAUUCAGCUCACUGACACACCUGCUCUUAUGUAAACGCGGUGCUUUCGAUAGCCCACUGGAUAUGUCCGAAGAAGAAGACCUCGACAUACGCGAAGACGAAGCACAUGAGGUAAAGGAAAUCAAGCAAUGGGCUUCUCUUCUCCUCUCCGUCCGCUCUACUGUGGUCGAAAUCGUACUUGAAAAGCGGCCCAUCUACCUCGAUUACCUCCUCGACAUGGGAAUGGACAUCUCUUCAUACGAUCAAACCGAGUUCAUUCCGGACUUGGACAGCUUCGACUCUGACGUUUACCACCGCAUCUUGAAAGGCGUCUUUGCCGAUGGAGGUGUAUGGCCAAACCUUAGAAAGGUGACGUUCCGCGGUAUCAAUCUUCAUGGGUUUGAAGCAGAAGCCGGAGAGGCUUUGCAGGCCUUCACGACUAGAGUUUUGCCAGGAGUUCAAAUCGAGCAAGUACGGGGCAAUUAUAUGUUCUUCAACACGCGAAAGGGUACGGUCAAGAACCAGCAUGGAGCGGACGGGCUCAAAUCACUUUGGACUCGAGUAUGA